ACGUGAUCUGCCGAAGCCUUACCUGCAAUUUGCUUUUGCUAGACAUCCCCUUGUUCCUUCUGAUCAAUCCCACACAUCCCUUCACUCCAAUCACUGUGCAAAUAGUUAAUUAAUUCAAUUAAAAUGAUUAAAAUUUAAUGAGCAUAAAAACCUCUAUCUUGUUUCCUUUUGAUUUUUGAUUUUUAUAAAAUGUUAUCUUCGCAGGGUCUGCAUCUGUAAGUGUGUCGACCUGGGCACUUGGCCCUUGCGUGUUUGGUUCUUAGUGGGAUACUGAUCUUGAUUAUUUUUUUUUUCCCCGGUGGGAGAAGAUAUGGUGAAAUCGAUGAAUAUGAACAGGGCAGAGCCAAAAUCCAACAACAUACCCACUUGGAAUUCGAGGGGGUCACCUAAAAUGCAUAGAAACCAAACCCCAGCAUUCACAGAUCUCUAGGAUCUCAGAAUUUCAGGCUUGGUUGCGUGCUUGUUUCUCGAGAAAAUUAUCUUCCUUUUCUCGUUUGUCCCAGUCUGAACGGUGCCCAUUCGGCCCCAUUUGAUUCUCUCCAGCUGGGAAUUUUGGAAGGGAGUGGUUUCAACAUGUGGGUCAUCGGUUUGGUGAAGUUAUUUUCACUUUUCUGAAGUGAAAACCGAAAAGGGUUGCUACUGGUUGAAGUUACGGAAGUUUCGCUUUGUAGUGUUUGAAAUUUAUGAGCCUUUUUCUUCUUUUGGUUGAAGUUUUUUUUUUGGGUGGGGCGGUAUUGAGAUAAUUUCAUUCGAGGCAGGGUUGUGGUCUUGUUGGAUAUGGUGAUUUUGAUAAGCGGGUACUGGCUGGCGAAUGACUGUGAGUUGGUGAACUGAAAAUAGAGUAUGGGAAGGCCUGGUUUCAUGUUGUGGAUAUUAGGAUUGCUGAUUUUGAUAUUGAUGGAGAGUUCUUCUGCAACUCUUUCUCCUUCCGGUAUAAACUAUGAAGUUGUAGCUUUGAUGGCGAUUAAAAAUGAUCUUGAUGAUCCAUAUAAUGUUCUGGAGAACUGGGAUAGUAAUUCCGUAGAUCCUUGCAGCUGGAGGAUGGUUACUUGCACCGUGGAUGGCUAUGUGUCUGCCCUUGGACUGCCUAGUCAGAGCUUGUCUGGUACAUUAUCUCCGAAAAUAGGAGACCUCAGUCACCUGCAAUCUGUGUUGCUGCAGAAUAAUGCCAUUUCUGGUCCUAUUCCUGCUGAAACUGGGAAGUUAGAGAAGCUUCAGACACUUGAUCUAUCCAACAAUAAGUUCAAUGGUGGCAUUCCCAGUUCUUUGGGGGACCUCAAGAACCUGAAUUAUUUGCGACUAAGCAACAACAGUCUUUCUGGGCCAUGUCCUGAUUCUCUGUCCAAGGUUGAAGGUCUCAGUCUCGUUGACCUUUCUUUUAACAAUCUGAGUGGUUCUGUGCCAAAAAUAUCAGCAAGAACUUUCAAAAUUAUGGGUAAUCCUUUAAUCUGUGGAUCAAAUGCCAAGAACAACUGCUCAGCCAUCUCUCUGGACCCACUUUCAUUCCCACCAGAUGCCCUGAGAGGUCAAUCAGAAACUGGAACAAAAAGUCACCGUGUGGCUAUCGCUUUCGGUGCAAGCUUUGGAGCUGCAUUUAUUCUUGUAAUUGUUAUUGGGUUUUUUAUUUGGAGGCGAUAUGGACCCAAGCAGCAGGUUUUCUUUGAUGUUAAUGAUCAAUAUGACCCUGAGGUGUGCUUGGGUCACUUGAAAAGAUAUACUUUUAAGGAGCUCCGGGCUGCAACUGACCAUUUCAACUCAAAAAAUAUUUUGGGGAGGGGUGGAUUUGGAAUUGUAUAUAAGGGAUGCUUGAAUGAUAGUACUCUCGUAGCAGUCAAACGGUUGAAGGACUAUAAUGCAGUUGGUGGUGAAAUCCAAUUUCAGACAGAAGUUGAGAUGAUAAGUUUGGCCGUCCAUCGGAAUCUUCUUAGGCUAUGUGGAUUCUGCACAACUGAGAGUGAACGUCUCCUUGUUUACCCCUUUAUGCCAAAUGGGAGUGUAGCAUCUCGAUUAAGGGAUCAUAUUCAUGGUAAGCCAGCAUUAGAUUGGUCACGACGAAAGAGGAUAGCUUUAGGUACAGCUAGGGGAUUAGUUUAUUUACAUGAGCAGUGUGAUCCAAAAAUUAUACACCGUGAUGUCAAAGCAGCCAACAUACUGCUGGAUGAAGACUUUGAAGCAGUUGUUGGAGAUUUUGGAUUGGCAAAGCUCUUGGAUCACCGAGAUUCUCAUGUGACCACUGCUGUGCGUGGAACUGUUGGCCACAUUGCUCCUGAGUACUUGUCAACAGGUCAGUCAUCAGAGAAAACAGAUGUGUUUGGGUUUGGAAUUUUGCUCCUUGAGCUAAUCACAGGCCAGAAGGCUUUGGAUUUUGGUCGAGCAGCAAACCAGAAAGGUGUAAUGCUUGAUUGGGUAAAGAAGCUUCAUCAAGAUGGAAAGCUGAACCUUAUGGUAGAUAAGGAUUUGAAGGGCAUUUUUGACAGAGUCGAGUUAGAAGAAAUGGUUCAGGUUGCCCUUUUGUGUACUCAAUUUAAUCCUUCUUACAGACCAAAAAUGUCCGAAGUACUAAGGAUGUUGGAAGGUGAUGGGUUAGCUGAGAAAUGGGAGGCCUCACAGAAGGUCGAGACACCAAGAUUCCGAUCAUGUGAAAAUUCCACAACACAUAGAUACUCAGAUUUCAUAGAAGAAUCCUCACUCGUCAUCGAGGCGAUGGAGCUUUCUGGCCCAAGGUGACAACAAUUUCUUCCUUUUUUUUUUUUUUUUUCUUUUUUGAUCCCCCUCUACACGUUCCCUUUUUAAGUGAGAGAGAUGUGAUUCAUGUCGAUAGCUAGCUGUCAAAUGCAUGUAUUCACCUGUAAAAAUGGAAAGGAAAGUUAUCUAUAAGCGUCUGGUUGUUCCUUGGAAAGUUGAUUGGGUUGAUCCAGCUUCUGUCAAAA